AUGGCCGACAACCCUUCCGCAGCAUGGCCAGUCGCUGACUCCGCGCUGGCCACCAAAAUCCUGGACAUCAUCCAACAAGCUUCCCACCAGCGUCUUCUCAAGAAGGGUGCCAACGAAGCCACCAAGACUCUCAAUCGAGGAACCUCGGAAAUCAUCAUUCUAGCUGCAGAUACCAGCCCGCUUGCGAUUCUUCUCCACCUACCCCUCCUUUGUGAAGACAAGAACGUGCCCUAUGUCUACGUUCCAAGCAAGACCGCUCUCGGCCGUGCGUGCGGCGUCUCACGAUCAGUCAUUGCUGCCAGUAUCACAACCAACGAGUCCAGCGACCUGAUGCCUCAGAUUCGCGAGUUGAAGAACCGUGUGGAAAGACUAAUGAUCUAA